UGCUUCUUCCUAGCUCCUAUCUUCAGCUUUCACGACCGCCAUGCCCGGCGGCUACUCCUCGAUGAUUCACGUUCUUCUUCUCCUUGCACUAUUUCCACUCGCUGCAGCCCAGCUGUGGCCGUUCUGCGGCAGCGGCCAAGGCACCUACUCGACAGGCAGCACAUACCAGACCAACCUUCGAACACUCCUCGGCACGCUCCGCGGGAACGCCUCCUCCUCGCCGUCUCGCUUUGCUUCGGGCGACUUCGGGGCCGUGCCGGACACUGCCUGGGCUCUGGUUCUCUGCCGGGGCGACAUCAGCGUCACCGACUGCUUCGACUGCGUCACCACGGCCAGUAGGGACGCGGAGAGAGCCUGCAACCGCAGCAGGGACGUGGGCCUCUUCUACAACGAGUGCUACGUCCGCCUGGCCAACCACGACUUCCUGGACCCCACCGGCAACUCCGGCGAGGUCCCUGUUAGCGACGGUCCCAACAUAAGCAGCAAAGAAGUCGACCAGGCGGUCACCGCCCUUCUCAGCGCCACGGCGCAGUACGCGGUGGACAACUCCUCGAGGCUAUUCGCCACGGGGCAUUGGGUAGGGCCCAACCCGGCGACCCAGAAUAUCUACUCGGCGGCGCAGUGCGCGGCGGACCUGUCGCCGCUGCAGUGCCGAAGCUGCCUCCAAGGCCUCCUGGGCAGGUGGUGGACCACGUUCCCGCAGAGCGGGCAGAGCGCCAGGAUUGCUGGUCCGCGGUGCACCCUACGGUCCCAGCUGACCCCCUUCUACAAUGGCAGCGCCAUGGUCCUGUUGCCCACGACGGCACCAACGGCUGCAACCAGAGGUUUUCCUAUAGUUGCCAUGGUAAUUGGACUUGGUGUUGCCCUAAUUCUGGUGGCUUUGUUUGUGGCAUAUUGCUUUUGGCGCGGCAGAUGCUGUUCACGAAAACAACAUAAAACACAUGUAAAGCCUACGGGCCAGCAGAUUCAAGAAACACCAGGCGCUUCCAAUGCAAUCACGACACCCUCGAGUGCAACCACAGAAACGAUAAAUGGUCAACAAGGCGAUUUAAAAGUGUAUGUUCCUAGGAAAUUCUCUUAUAUUGAAUUGGCACAAGCAACAGCUAAUUUCAAUGAGGAGAGAAAGCUUGGACAGGGUGCUUUUGGUGUUGUCUAUGACGGCAGACUUGAAGGCAUAGAUGGGUCUGUGGCGAUAAAAGAGAUCCUAGAAACGUUCUCAGAACAAACGAAAAAGGCUUUUGAUGUUGAAGUUCAAAUUAUGAGCCAGCUGCAUCAUCGGAACAUUUUAAGUCUAAAGGGUUGGUGUAAGGAAGACCAACACCUACUGCUUAUCUACGAAAAAGUGGAGAACGGUAACCUGGAGGACCAUCUUUACCCUAAGAAUGGCGCCAUGGAUAGUGGAGUUUAUACUGAAAGAGAGAAUGGUACAUGUCUGUCUUCACACCUAAGUUGGCUGACAAGGUGCAACAUAAUAAUUGGUAUAGCCUCUGGUCUAGCAUACCUCCAUAAGGAAUGCCAGGCUACUGUCGUGCAUAGGGAUCUCAAGCCAGCUAAUGUAAUGCUGGACAAGAACUGGAAUGCUAAACUGGCAGACUUUGGGCUGGUGACACAACUCAGGCGUACCCAAACCUCGCGCCCUACGGACAAUGUCAUCGGGACACUAUCAUAUAUGGACCCAGCAUACAUGAACACCGGCAAAGUAUCUGAGCACUGUGAUGUCUACAGCUUCGGCGUGGUAUUGCUUGAGAUUGUCUGUGGUAAAAGACCAUCCAUCAUGCAAGGCAGUGAUAACACUAGAAAGAACAGCCUCAUCGAGAUGGUCCGUGAAUGUCAAGGGAGGAAUAGAAUUAUCGAUGCAGCUGACAAAGGGCUCAGGGGGCAGUACGACAAUAAGAUCAAAGAUGUGUUACGGCUCGGUCUCGAGUGCGUCCACUCAGAUCGUCGUGAUCGUCCACAUGCCGUAAGAGUGAGGGAUCGCUUAAAUGAUCUGGUGCCGAAUGGGAAGGGAUUAGCUGCCUCGACCUCUCAGAGUGAAGGGGAGUUUGGUACGUGCAGGAUCACGUUCCCUACGCAUUCACUGGCCGACGAAGAAGCUGGCGUUUCACCCCUUCUUUCUAGGUGAGAAGAAACUGAAGAAGAUGUUAACCUCAAGGCUGUGCCCUGCAGGAAUGCAGAUAUGACGGCCACAGAAGCUACUUCUCUCCAUCUACCCGGCCACCGCCUACAAAUGUAUCUCGAUCUCUCUUUGUUUAGUCGUCUGUUUAGCAGUAUCUCUCCAUUCAACAACAUUUGGCUUUACAAUAUAGAAAAUUGUAAGCAUAUAUGUUACUCUGUGGAAAUGAUUUGGAAUUGUAGUUUCUAAACUUCUCACUUUAAAAUUUAAGCCAUGAAGGGAAAUGUUCUUCAAUAGCGAUGCUGGUCCAUAUAUAUAUAUACUAUUUU